AUGACUGAGCUGAUGAGCCGGCGGUGCUCAAUCCUCACUGAUUCAUGUCCAAAUAUCGUGGAGCGUUUCCUCAUCCUUCCAGACCACCUGUUUCUAUCACAUUGUCCAAAUAAGGCACUUGAAUAUCGCUUUCGUGAACAUCAGGAACGAGAAAAUGGUAAUUUUUUUGGGACACUUAUCCGUGUGAAAGAUUAUGAGGAUCCUGCUCUCAUUGCUCAAUGGAUCCAGCAAAUCAUAUCUGCUCUUGAAUAUGUGGAGAAAAUGGGAUUCUGUCACAAUGAUAUCCAGACAACCAAUUGCCUCCUUGAUGGAAGUCUCAAUUUGAAGCUGACUGAUUUUGGUCGUGCUACUCUCAUUGGACAGCUUCUUGAGUAUACCUUUGCUCCAUGGGCCAGACAAUUGACAGCAGGGCCUUUGAGAGGCACUUAUGGCCUUUGCUCAGCUAGAACCGAGCAAUUUGCUGUUGGAACUCUACUUUACUAUAUGGUAUAUGGUCAUGAACCAUAUGAAGACAUCAGUCUAGAUGGGCCGGAACUGGGUCGCCGAUUUGAAAAUAUGGAGUUUCCAGAACUUAACCGCCAUGAAAUCUUUGACGGCCUUAUUUCUGCUUGUUGGCAUGAUGUUUAUCCUAUCAUGGCUCUGGUAGCAUACGACUUCAGGCGCAAAACAAAAGACAUUGCAUCCGUUGCAGAAUAUGAGGCUAUUGAUCGUACAAAGGAGAAAAAGGCUUGUGAAGCACUGGUUCGAAGAGGUCUACUUAAGCCUGACCUGGCACUUGACUUCCAGCCAGUCUGGCGAAGAUAUUUACAUGCAGCAAGGAGAACCUUGAUUUGGUGGAUCCUGGCCGGUCUAUCAAAACGGCUCCGAUUAUGGUUUUAG